AUGAAGUUAGCCGGGCAUACUGAAAGCCCUCGCCCAGAGAAGAAUGCAGGAUAUCGGACAGGAGGACUUCUCAAGUGGGGGUACGAAUCAAGGUUUCCUGGUGCCUCGGUGACUGGAGUUGUUGGUCAUGUAGGUUACUUUCUUCCAAGCGAAUCUAAGGCUGAGGAGACCAAGCCAGUUCAAUCUGAUCGUAAACUUGACUUGGAGAGAAGCGCUGGCCCCCGAAAGUGGGAGCUCGGAGAAAGCCUAAGGACCGGAAUAAGAGGUUUCGGCGGGGCUGCUAGGCUUCUUUCUCAUGGGAGGGGUUCGCAUCCAACUCUUCUCGAGACCCGUGCUGAUGUGACUGUGCUUGACUUAGGCUUUGGCUCUGCUCUUGUGGGUUCUGGUCUUGCGUAUCAGAAGUUGCCUCCUUUCGACUAA